CAACAGAGACAUGUAUCUAGGAGCUCUGCCGGGGACUCCAGAGUCUGCUCACAUACAAAAAAUAGUAAGGGGCAGCUAAGGAAAAUGAGCUGAUCCCUUUUAGGGAGACACCAAAGCCAGAUAACCCAAGUAAUCAUAGCAAGAUACAGCCAGUCUCAGAGCUAAGUACUGUGAAAUUAGCUUUGCGUUCUUGGGUUUUGGAAACAUGCAUCUGUAUAAACCUGCCUGUGCAGACAUCCCCAGCCCCAAGCUGGGUCUUCCCAAAUCCAGUGAAUCGGCUCUGAAAUGUAGACGGCACAUAGCAGUGACCAAGCCUCCACCUCAGGCAGCCUGCUGGCCGGUGAGGCCUAGCGGAGCAGCGGAACGGAAAUAUUUGGAGAAGUUUUUACGUGUCCAUGGAAUUUCAUUGCAGGAAACCACCAGAGCAGAGACGGGCAUGGCUUACAGGAAUCUUGGAAAAUCAGGACUCAGAGUUUCUUGCUUGGGUCUUGGAACAUGGGUGACAUUUGGAGGUCAAAUUUCAGAUGAGGUUGCCGAACGGCUGAUGACAAUUGCCUACGAAAGUGGGGUUAAUCUCUUCGAUACUGCUGAAGUCUAUGCUGCUGGAAAGGCUGAAGUGAUUCUGGGGAGCAUCAUCAAGAAGAAAGGCUGGAGGAGGUCCAGCCUGGUCAUAACAACCAAACUCUACUGGGGUGGAAAAGCUGAAACGGAAAGAGGGCUGUCAAGAAAACAUAUUAUCGAAGGAUUGAAGGGCUCCCUCCAGAGGCUGCAGCUCGAGUAUGUGGAUGUAGUCUUUGCAAAUCGACCAGACAGUAACACCCCCAUGGAAGAAAUUGUUCGAGCCAUGACACAUGUGAUAAACCAAGGAAUGGCAAUGUACUGGGGGACCUCCCGGUGGAGUGCUAUGGAGAUCAUGGAAGCCUAUUCUGUAGCAAGGCAGUUCAAUAUGAUCCCACCGGUCUGUGAACAAGCUGAGUACCAUCUUUUUCAGAGAGAGAAAGUGGAGGUUCAGCUACCCGAGCUCUACCAUAAAAUAGGAGUUGGAGCAAUGACGUGGUCUCCACUUGCCUGUGGAAUCAUCUCAGGAAAAUACGGAAAUGGAGUGCCUGAAAGUUCUAGGGCUUCGCUGAAGUGCUACCAGUGGCUGAAGGAAAGAAUUGUAAGUGAAGAGGGACGAAAACAGCAGAACAAACUAAAAGACCUCUCCCCAAUUGCUGAGCGCCUCGGGUGCACACUACCUCAGCUGGCUGUCGGGCCUGAGCAGAUGGGGACAGAAGAAAUGCUUCCGGACAGCCACCCAUCAUUCACAUCUGUGUUUAUUCAACAAACAUGUAACAAGUACCUACCAUGUACAGCUUGGUGCCUGAGAAAUGAGGGUGUGAGUUCCGUGCUCCUGGGAUCAUCCACUCCUGAACAACUCAUUGAAAACCUCGGUGCCAUUCAGGAUCACCUCUUUCUAGCAGCGAAUUCAGGACUAACCACCUUCCCUGGGGAAGAAGUGGAUUGGAUUUGGAACUGCCAGCCUAAGGCUAACGUGGCCAACAUGUAGUGAGCAAAAGGGACAGUGGAUGCAUUAAAGUGGAGUCAGGCAGGAGAUGGAUUUCAAAGGACACUAAAAAGGUUAGUUUUGUUGUAUGUGCAACAAAUCCUUCAGAGCGUUUUAAGGACAUGCUGUUAUUUGAAUUUUUAAAGACUGUGCUGGCUGCUUUGUAGAAAGUGGAAUGAAGAAAGGCAAAGGCAGUUGUCCAGGUGACGAGAGAUGCUGGCUUGGAUUAGCUAGGAUGGCGGCUAUAGAGGUGAAGUGGAUGGAUUCCACAGGCUUUGGACACAGACAGGACUUGCUGAUGGCUCAGCCAGAAAAGGGAGGAACUGAGAUUCCUAUCAUGCGAAUAGUGACCACUGCCAUCCCAGGGGGAGUUAAUACUGCCUGGGAACGGUAAAAAGAGGCAACUCCUGGGCUGUGGGAGUACUCCAGGUAGCAAAAGAUGUAUUUCAGACGAAAACUCCGGAGUCCGUCAUCUUCUCAAAGCAUUUCCUCCCUAGCAAGGCUCAGGCUGAUAGCAGGAUGCGGUAAGAGAUGCUCAAAAGGUAAGAUAAUAGGGAUGCUACCCAAGCUGGGAGGCUGCUACCUUGGAGGCGCCAUCAUCCCCUCCCCCUUUCCACUCCCACCUCCGGCCAGCCCAGCAAACUUCCACCCGUUGUGACUGGGCAGCUGGGGGCACAACAGCCGUGGUGGGACUGGCGGCAGGACAGGAAGUGUGCAGUGCCAACAGUGGUUAAAGGAAAGUUCUAAUGGGCACGAGAAGCCAGCUGCUCUAAGGGAUGGAAUGUGCCUCAGCCAUGCGUAAACUGGAGGGACAUACAAGUCAGAGCCUCAAUAAAUGGCCGACUGGAGAGGAUAAACCACAGCUGCAGGCAGGCAGCCAUCACCUGCACAGGCCCCCAUCCGCCCCACUUCCACCUAGAAGGUGGAGAGAAGCAAUGUUCUCCCUUCUGAGGCUCCCCAUCACCUCCUCAGAGAAAUCCAGGCUUCUCAGCAGGCAGGCCCUUCACAUCCAGGGCUCAUCUCCCCUCACUGCUCUCCUUCCUUGGUAUCCUCAAUCCACCAAUUAUUCCAGUCAGUAGAACAGCAAGGUUGCCAAACUGGUAGCCUGUGGGAUGUUUGUGUCAUCUGUAGUGGAUGAAAAUGUUUUACAACAGUUGCCAACAUUAAAAAAUCGGGCGACUUCACAUAAAAUUCUGGAGGUAUGGCUUCUCAAAAAUUUUAAGUCUUACAAGGCUAUAUAUACAUUUUUUCAUGUUUUAUUCAAGUACUUUUAUGGUUUCUUUUUUUAAUGUUUAAAUCUCUAUCUGAAAUUUAUUUUGGUGUAAUGGAAGAAUUUUUUUUUCUUCACAUGGCUAACCCAUUAUAUUUUAGACAAAACUUCCCACAAAUCUAGUUUCUAGAUUUGGGUCUCUUUAUUGUCGUCUCUCGUUUGAAAGAACACACUAGUUUCAAUUCUGAGGUUCCAAAGCUGGUGGGAAAUGAAACUCUCCCUUUAGCUUCAGAUAGGAAAACGUUAACCAGAACUAGUUUCUUAGGCGGAGUAGCUCUACUCUUCUGCCAAACCCUAAGGCUUUUGAGAACAGCACUUGAGUGGAGACAAGGUCACCCGGGCCAGCAUGAUUGCAGCAGAGGAAGGGUGAGGCCGAAACCUCAGAACUGGCCAUCAUGCUUGUAUUUUGCCAGAGUCUCCACACAGGGUCAGUCUAUUCCUGUGAAAAAGUCUGCCUUUGUCCCUCUUCUUAUGGUGUAAUGUGUGCCCUUGGUCCCCCUCUCAUGAUAAACGCUAGCCUUGGGUGAUCUCAUCCUCUCCCAGGGCUUCAGUCAGCAUGUCUACACAAAUGACUCACAAACCCUCAACUCCAAUCCUCCUGCCAGCACUAACCCACAGCUGCACUCGGCUGCCUACAGAGCUAUGCCUCUGUGGAUCUCCCCUAGACACCUUAAACUCAACACCUCCUACUUCAAACUUCUCGUAUUCCAAACCACUCCUGUGGCUCUGUGUCUCCAUAAUCUACACCUCUAUCCUUCUAGUGUUAAAACCAUCAUCAUCCUCCAAAAUGUCCUUCUAAUCCAGUCUUUUUCUACUUCACUGCCACCCGUUAGUUCACGCUUUUAUCAUCUCUGGCUCCAACAGCAAGAAAUUUCUAGCAUCUGCAUUCCCUUUCAAUCUCCUUCAAGCUACCUCCAGGUGCCCGACAGGGUCACUCCCAGCUCAGAAGUCCUGAGAGGUUCCCCACUGACCACAGAAUCAAGUCCCAACUCCAAAAAGUGGCAUUUGAGGGCUUCCACGCUGUUUAUCCCAAUUUCCCCUUUCCUAUCCCUACCAUCACCACCCACUCUACACUUUCUUCAUCUCACAGACUUCUCUCUCAUGGGCCAUUCCAUCUACGAG